AUGAGCUUGGUGGUGGGAACACAGAAGGGAGUCCAGUGCAUGCUGGAGAGUCAUGGGCUGGAGGAGGAUGGAGGGGACGGUGAGGGGAAGUCACGGGCUGGAGGUGUAUGUCAUGGACUGGAGGAAGUUGGAGUGGACAGUGCAGGGAAGUCACGGGGUGGAGGAGGAGCCACUGCAUCGCUUCCACGUGUGCAUUUUGAGAAAACACUGAGGCUGUCCUUUCCGGCUCUUGCAGCACCCAGUGGGCCUUCUUUCACCAUUGGGAAAGUGAUAUGGCUCCUCUGGGGCCUGGUGUUCAACAAUUCUGUGCCCGUCCAGAAUCUGAAAGGGACCAUCAGCAAGAUCAUGGUAUCUGCAUGGGCCUUCUUUGCUGUCAUAUUCCUGGCCAGCUACACAGCCAACCUGGCUACUUUCAUGGUCCAGGAGGAAUUCGUGGACCAAGUGACCAGCCUCAGUGACAAAAAGCGUUGUGGUGUUCUUCCUCAGAACGUGUGUGGAGCUUGGGCGCUGGACUUGGAACAAGGAGGUGAGCGGCCACAAGCAAACUUGCAGGAAGCGCCGGCCUGCUGGUAUUGAGAGGAGUGGCAGUAGACUUGCCAGGACCCUCAGGUUCAUCCAUCCUCACCUGGUAAGUCUUCUGGGACAUUUUGUGCAUAUCCCGUGCCAGCACCAGCCACAGGCUAGGGACACCCGGGUCUUCAGGAGCCAGGGGAAGGAAGGGUAAACUGAGUGUUACGUUGUGUGUUAUAAAUGUGGUACUAUAUUUUGUUAUACAUUUUUACUGUAUAUUAUAAAUUGUAUGUUAUAAAUAUAUUUUAAAUUGUAUAUUGUAAAAUUUAUGUGCUUGGAGGUAUCACAUGCAUUUCCAGGAGGCAUGAGCCUACCUGGCUGAAUUCUGGUGCCAGGAUGGGUGGACCUCUAGGUGGGGCAGCUUCUGUUAGGUGAGCGAUUAAGAUGCCCAGCCACUGUGUUAAUUUCCAGGUCUCUUGUGUUAUUUUCUGGAUUUAUAGUUCUCCUUAGUAGAUAGGAGCUGAGAAAAUGGAUCUGGUCAUCCAGGGAGGAAGUUCCUUCUCGCAGGCUUUAAUUCCUGUUUUUUCCUAAUUUGCUAAGAUAGUUUAUUUCAAUUUGCCUUGAAGCUUCUCCAACACAGCAGUUAUAACAUUGACUGGUAAGCCCAAAUAGAUGGUUGUAUAUGUGUCAUUGCCCCACUGAAUUCUAAUUCUGCCUCUGUGAUAUCCAGUGAUUCCCUAAUUUCAUGAAAAAGCUCCUGGAGAAUAUGCUCGGUUACAUUGUCUUUAGGACUGUAGUUAUAUGGGAAGACAUACCAUGUCAAAUGUGCAUAUCCCAGUCAAAUCAUUAUAUUAACUGGGAAUAUGGAGAAUCUGCUUAUCAUCAGAAGCAACUAGAUCUGAGAUGGCUCCAAAAUUUUAAGAAGUAUAUUUGUAGCAGUUAUAAAACUAUAAGGUUCUGAAUACCUAAAUACAGGUUCUUUUUACUUCUAAAUUAGAUUUUGAAAUGCUGAAAUUAUUUUAAUUAUGAUAUUAAUAAUUUUACAUCUGAGAGAGCAGGGACCAUUGCCUUUGCACAGUGUGCACAAUGGUGGCCAUAUAAUUGGUUCUAAAACUUGGGUUGAUGAAAUGAAAUCCUGUUUGUCCCUGUGUUUUAAAAAAUGCAAAAUUACCAAAUCUGCAGAUAUUGUGCUUUGUACUUUGGUUCUUACAGUAUGUGGGGAAUUCAGUCUUCAUUCCUUCUGGUCGGCAGUAACUAGUGUUAACAUCCAAGGGUCAUUCCUUGGGCUUCUUCUUAUGAGAUGCUGACCAGUGACUACUCAGAAACAACCCUUUGGUGGAAAUCAUCGUUGAUGUUCCCAUUUCCUCAUUAUCCUCUCUUGCUGUUCCUUUUAGUCCUGAUUGUUCAAAUCCAGAAGUUGAAAUGACCCCAUAUUAAGUCUAGGUGUUCAUUCUUACUGGUCUUUCCUUUCUUAUCUCUGUACCGUGUUUCAUGAGGGUCUUGGAUUUUUCUCCCAUCUUUAGCUAGACCUGCUUAUAUAGCCCAUGGUUUUCUCCUUUUGGCUGUUUUCAAACUUAGUUCCUUGAUUCCAAUAAUUCUCUUCCCUCACACACAACAAACCAAGAAAAAUCUGUUCUUUCAUUUUCUCAUGUUUGCUAUCCACAAAUGUUCUCUGAUAACAGCAUCUCAAGGGUGGCUGGUCCCUACACCCUUCUCAAGGCCACAUGAAUAUCUGAUUCUUUUGCUUUUGCUUCCAUGUCUCUCAAUUCAGUCACCUUUUCCACACCUCUGCUCCUGUGAUCACCAUAAAACUUCGUCAUCUCCCACAAGAAUCCUAGGCUAUCAGCUACUAGUGCACUCCCAGCUGCAGGUGAGUGGUUCUAUCUGACCGCUGGUCCAUCUUUGUUCCCUCUUUUCCUCUGGCCUGGGAAUCCCUCUCUCCCUUUACCUUCUUUUAGGAGGAUGUCCAAGCCUUCUGAGCCAACAGUGAUUUUCUGCCUCCCUUGAAGUAAAUCACCUUGUAUGGCCCCCAAAGAGCUUGAAGCCUGCAGGCAUGCAAACCUGCGUCUUAUGUGGUUGCAGAUAGUGAGCUGGGAAGUUGGAUGUACUGCUAUUUACUAGCCACACUUGUGGAUCACUCUUUGAAUCUCUGUUUCAUUAACUCAUAAAAUUGAAAUGAUUUCUUCCUACUUUCUCAAGUGAUUGUUGUAAUAAUCAAAAGAACUAAAGUUUGGGAAAAAUACUUUGAAACCCUAGAAUUUUUGAAAUGCUUAUUAUUUUAAAUUCUUUGACUAUCCAUUUCUGUCUUCCUUGCUAUGAACAGUCAUGUCCAACCAGAAUACCAAGCUUUAAGCCUUGCAUAGACAGGACAACUGCAAAGGGCUAAGGUCCUGAAGCCCCAGGAUGUGAGAACAGCAUCGGAGCAUGGAAAGGCUGCAUAUAUUAUGGGUGUCCUGAAGAGCAAUUUCCUUGCCUGUGCCAGGGUGUCUGGCUUAUGUACAAGUCUGUAUUUCGGUUCCUCAGUUGAGAACAGGUAUCUUACCCAGGGUAUAAAGCUCAGGCUCUCAGACGUGUGUGGUAGAGGAUGAUUCUCCUUAAUUGUCCUGUGAGAACAACUUCACAUGCAUUUCUUGUUACCACCAUAGCCACUGGCGAAAAGCAGACACGGGUUUAGUCUCUGCCUGCUCCACCUGCCGUCACUGGCCAGCGGUCAGUGUUAUUCAGGGCUUUUCUGAAAAUUAUGUUCUCCUCACCUCUUUCUUGUGUUCCUUAUUUCUUCCUCCCAUUUUCCCCAAUUUAGUAUCAAAAUAAACAUACUGAUAUAUUUAUUAGUAACUUUAGACAUAUUCAGUGCUUUAUGGGUCUGAAGCCAAUUUCAUAAGCUUAUUAUUAGUUGUUCCUCAUUUCUGUAAAAUUCAUAACCCUAGACUUUAAAUAGAAGGAACUGAAUGAAGUGGAAGAAAUUAUCAUUCCUGAAUACUGAACCAUAUUCUGGCAUACCUAAAUAAUCUAUUGCUUUUU